AUGCCAUCAGAUACAUUGACUGUUAGAGGAACUUCUACCAUCCUCAAGAUACAGAAACAUCGGCAUAAAUUCUUGGAUGCUCUCUUUUCUGGGUUGUCCUGUGUGGUUUCUGUGCCCUUUUACACUACGUUUCUUCCUUUGCUUUUCUGGAGUGGGCAUGGGAAAUUGGCGAGACAGAUGACCCUGUUGAUUGCUUCCUGUGAUUAUCUAGGAAACUGCAUGAAGGAUGUGGUAUCAGCUCCUAGACCGAAUUGCCCCCCUGUUAGACGGAUAACGGCCACAACAGAUGACGAAGACAAUGCAUUGGAAUAUGGGUUGCCUUCUUCUCAUACUCUCAAUACAGUAUGCUUAUCUGGAUUCCUUGUAUACUACAUUUUAUCCUACAUACCGAGUGAAGAUGCUUAUGUGGAGCUUGGUGCAGUCACCGUUGCUUGCUUGCUUGUGGGCUUCAUUGGUUUCGGAAGAAUAUACCUUGGCAUGCACAGCUUAAUUGAUAUCGCUGGAGGUCUCGUCGUCGGGUUGGUGAUUCUUGCAAUGUGGCUAACAGUCUAUGAAUGUGUGGAUGCCUUUAUUGUCUCUGGACACAAUGUUACAUCAUUUUGGGAUGUCUUGAGCUUUCUCUUACUUUUUGCUUAUCCCACGCCUGAGUUGCCAACUCCAAGUUUCGAGUAUCAUACUGCCUUUGACGGUGUUGCAUUUGGAAUUGUGGCUGGGAUUCAGCAGACAUACGACCAGUUCCACCAUGAAGCCGUUCCACGAAUAUUUACCUCUCGACUCACGCUUCCUGCUUUUUUGGGAAGAAUGCUUGUUGGGAUACCGACGAUCCUGAUCGUCAAGUUCUGCAGUAAGGCUCUCGCGAAAUGGAUUCUCCCGGUAGUAUCAAACACAUUGGGUAUCCCCAUAAAAUCAACCAGCUAUAUUCCGAUGCUUAACAGUUAAACCACAGAGAAGAAAACCAGUGAGAUUAAGCAGUCAAGUUAUAUCCAAAAGAUGUUAUUUUUCUCUAACCAAGAUUUAUUCGACGUAGACACUGGUAUCCGCUUCCUUCAAUACGCAGGCCUUGCGUGGUCAGUGGUAGAUCUCGUCCCAUCCCUCUUCUCUCACCUGAGUUUGUGAAGCUUGUCCUGGGUUUGGUUCUAUGUAAUAGCCUUGUUUUA